UGUAAAAUCUUUGCAACCCCAUGUUAGUUGGAAACCACUUGAGCCAACAGUUGGAACGAACCACCUAUCUGUGAUUACCUUGCUCAUUUAUCAAAUCUAUUGCAUGUAACUGCUAAUUUAUUGUCUAGGCUAUGCCAUUGUGUGUAAAUGUGUAGUCUCUAUUGCAUUACUUAUAUUGUAGGCAAUGCUAAUACAGUAUCUUAUUUCGCAUGUACUUUAUCUCGCCAUUGAAAUUGCAUGUAAAUGGUACAGUAUAUUGAACUCAUAUUCAUGCAUCCAUCAUGCACUUGUGCAUUAUUAACUACAGAUGCGUCCCUUCAAAAAAGUUUCAAAGUCCAAACAAAAGCAAAGUGGGUUGGCAGAUAACCCACCUAAUGAGGCUAGCGGUGGUAUUCGUAUUGAUACAAGAACAAGGAGUCAAAAUUGGAGCAACAUGUUGGAUGCACAAUUGUUGGGGCUGAUGAGAGAUGAACAUACAUUUGGUAAUUGCGUAAAUGGAUCAUUCAUUCCGAUUGCUUGGAAGCGAAUGGUAAAUGAUUUCAACAGUCGAAACAAUUUGAACCUAACAAAGACACAAUUAAAGAAUCGAUUUAAAGUGUUAAAAAAAACUUUCAAUUUGUACCAUUCUCUUGCCAAUAAGAGCGGGUGGGGAUGGAACUCUGACUUGCACAUUCCCACACCUGGUGACGCAAGAAUCUGGGAUUCUGUAAUAGCGGAGAACCCGGCGUACGCCAGGUGUAGGGAUAAGCCCUUUCCCGCCUACGAUGAUAUGGAAUUUCUUACCCAAAAUACAACUGCGACAGGAAGAUAUGCAUUUACAAGUGCUGUGGAGCUUCCCCCUAUAAUUGAAAGCUCCUCUGGGUCAUCCCCUGGUGAGGAUGAUACUAUUGCUGGCAUUGGAAUGUCAGCUUGUAAUCUCUCAUCGGACCCAUUCGAAGCAGGGGGAUCUGGGUGCGCCAGAAAUGCUAACUUUGAUGAAGCAAAUACGUCACGCUCCCCAAGCCCUCCCGUGAUGCCUACAACUGGUGCAAGUGGUUCUGGUCAUAGCUCUGGUAGUAAAAGAGCUCGUUCUCCAGAGUCUAACAAAAAGCAAGCACAAACGGCAACUACAUCUGGGGGACGAAAAAAGAAAGUAGAUGCCCGGACUUCUGCUUACCUUGACAUCGCGGAGCAGGGUAAGGAAAAGCUUGGUUGGGUGCGGCAACUAUGUCAGCUAGAGCUGAGCAAGAGCACUGAUAUGCCAUCGCAGAACCAAUGCAUGCAACGAGUGUAUGGGAUGACGGGGUUAAGUGAUGAUGAUAUCUUAGUUCUCUGUGAUGCGUUUAAGGAAGACAAGAAUCGCAAUGCUUUCAUGUCAUUGAAUGACAAGCAUGCAAGAAAGUGGGUUGAGCGAGAAAUUGCGCAGCAAAAUCUAUACUAUAGGCCGUCAUUUUCCGGGAGUUAGACAAAUGGCAUAUUGGUAGUUCUUCUGUAUCGUACCUCGACCCAUGCUUAUUGCGUGUGGAUGUCCAUAUUUUCUAGCUUGUCGUGGUAUUGGUAGUUGGAAGCUUAUUGCGUGUGGAUGCUUCUUUAUCUUAGCUUUGCAUACUUUCUACUUUGUGGUGGUGACUCUUGAAUGUAUGACGCUUUGAUUUAUAUUUCCUCUACUCUUAUUAGCUUUGCAUAUUUUUUUGCUGUUGGAAGAUUAUUAUAUGUUUGCGCUAUAUAUAUUACCUCUUGCUAUAGUUAUAUGUUCGUGUGUAUUUAUUUAUUUUUGGAUGUGCAUAUUAAGUGCUGAUUUAUUCGGUAUUUACAACAGUUGCAAUUAGAAAGACAUUAAUGGCGA